UGGACUCAGGGGGUGAUGGGGAUUAUACAGCGGUGUGGUGGAGGUGGUUGUUGUAAAGUGCUGCUGGUCCGGUUGACAGCUCAAUGAUCGCGCUGUGGAGGUUUGGCUAAGGAUCUGUGCGCAGCAUGGGCACCGGGGAUUACAUCUGCGCUACGCUGCGUGGUGGGGCACCCUGGGGAUUCACCCUAAGAGAGGGGGAGGGGGACACCUACAGACCUUUCUUAGUUUCCCAGGUAGAACAAGGUGGUCGUGCCUUCCUAGCUGGAGUGCGAGAAGGUGACGAGGUGGUGUCACUCAACGGAGAGCCAUGUGCAUAUCUCACCCUUUCACGAGCCUUUGCACUCAUUGACACAUCGAUCGACUGUCUGCAGCUGCUUGUCAAAAGAUACUGCACUACCCCCAAAGAAGACUAUGAAUCAGAAGAAACAUACUGUGGUGAGAGGGACUCCUCUGGUGAGGCUUUAGAGAGCACCACCAUCCAUAUCUUCUCCCAAAAACAGAAGUCCCAAAGCCCAAGGAAACUCUACAUAUCUGAGUCCCAGGACGAGGCCUCUUAUGGGGAGUUGGACAGCAACAAAGAGUUCCCCAAGGGACCCCAGCUGCUUCACACCCAGCUAUGUGUUCCCUCACAUGGUGAUCGGAGAGGCAGGGAGCCUGUUUUUAAGGAAAAUGAUAAAGAAGCACGUUGUUGCUUCUCCCCUGGGGACAUGGUCGAGCUCCAGGUAUCCCUGUCCGAGCAAACCUUGGACGAUGUGGGCUGCACCUCUCUUGGGAGUGCUCAUGGGAUCGAAGGAGAACUCUCAAACAAAGAGGCUAUUGAGACAAUCCACACCACUACCGCAUCACACUACGUACCAUGUUCUGUCAGAGAGCCGCUCGGCCAGCGUGGAGUGGUGCUCAGCUCUCCUUUAAUGCUGGGGCAUGUGGAGGUCAUUUUGCAGCAGCCAGCAGCAUCAGGAGCAGGGAGGGGCAUUUUGAGUGUGGGUGGCCCCAGGGUCAGUGGAAGUGUUGGAUCCCAAAGUGAAGGGGAAGAAGAAGGGCACUGCGAGAGGGUGUCUGGGUCUUCCGCUGUCUCAUUCAGAGCUCCCUCAGAAGAGGUGACACCAGCAGAAGAGCAGGACUCUGAUUCUGAGGGUGAUCCAGACAAACCCAACAAGCAUCGGGCAAGGCACGCCAGGCUCAGGCGCAGCGAGAGUCUAUCUGAAAAGCAGGUGAAGGAGGCCAAAUCCAAAUGUAAACGUAUUGCUCUCCUUCUCACGGCUGCUCGGUCCAACCCAAACAACAAGGGGGUGUUGAUGUUCAAGAAGCAUCGGCAGAGGGCCAAGAAAUACACACUUGUGAGCUACGGUACAGGAGAAGACGAACCAGAAUACAGCGACGAAGAAUACGAGGAAAACGAAGACAACAAACAAGAAACUCACACUGUUGAAUUUACCCUUGUGGCUCCAAACGCUUCUGAAAUAGACAAGCAUUUCCUCACUAAUGCCCAUAGUAGCAAAGGUGUGCUAACUAUCAACUGGGACAAGGGUCUCCUUGAAAUUGAAAGGAACCUGAACAACCAAGCAGAGAUGGAAUGUUUGCCUGACACCAAGGGCAAGGGUGCCGUAAUGUUUGCCCAACGGCGUCAGCGGAUGGAUGAGAUUGCUGCUGAACAUGAGGAGCUUAGGCGCCAGGGGAUCGCCGUGGAAGGAGUGCAGAUUGCUGAUAAGAAGAUAGAAGAGCACUCCUAUAUGCAGUCCAGAACAGAAGGCCAUGCUUACAUGGAUGUAAAUGUACACCAACAAAGCCAACACCAACAACAGUACCAGCAAUAUCAGGAACAGCAGUACUAUGAGCAACAACAGAACUACCAACAACAACAACAACAACAAUAUCAGCAACAACAGCAGUAUGAACAACAGCUUUAUCAACAACAGCAAAUGUAUCAGAAGCAGCAAGAAUAUCAUCAAGAGCAACAGCAAAUGCAGCACUAUUCUGCAAACAUCAAUGGAACAGUCCAACAUGAAAUGCAGGGUUCUCUCAACAAUCGUACUGCACAGCCUUUCUCAGUAGAAAACAUGGCGACUUCCCCUUACUCUCCCGCAAUGAGUGGGGUCAAUCAAGAUUCUGUGGGCCAAGGAGAGCAGAUAGCUUCCCGGGAUGAACGCAUUUCUACUCCUGCAAGUCGAACUGGGCUUUUGUCAGACUGCAGAAGACGAAAUGCUGGCAAGCCAAUGUUCACUUUUAAGGAAGCACCAAAAGUAUCACCAAACCCAGCACUACUAAACCUCCUCAACAGAAAUGACAAGAAGUUGGGUUUUGAGUCAGGGCCUGAGGAAGACUACCUUAGUCUUGGGGCUGAGGCUUGUAAUUUCCUGCAGUCUCAACGAAAUAAACAAAAGAAUCCUCCACCGGUGGCUCCAAAGCCUGUGAUCAACCCCAACUCUCCUCCAUGGUUCCCACCGAUAGAAGUGAGCAACCAGGACAUGCCUCAACAAGCUGAAAAUAGUGUAUCCACACCUGCUGUAGCCCCCACCACAGAGACUACACUUGCUCCAGAACUAGAGCCAAACCCUGCACCUGCCUCUGAGCCCUCUCCCCCUCCUGCCCCCCAGAAAGCUCUUGCCAGCGCCACCACAGAGGAACAGUGCCCAUGUACUCUCCCGGAGCCUGAAUCUCAACAACAGCUUCUGCAAGUGACAGCUCAGGAAAAUGGUCAUAUGAAUUCUAUCCUGCAACCUGAGCCUGCUCCGGUGACUAGCUGGGCUCAAGCACAAACACAACCACAACAACAGGCAUCUAACAAUUCUUGGCAUCCAGCUCAAGUGCAGCCCCAGGAACCACCUCAAAGUCAGUCCCCACCACAGCCACCUUGGGUGACGCGUCAUCCUACUCAGACCCAAGCACUGCCUCAAACCCCCACAAAUAAUUGGACCCCUCAAAUUCAGCCAUCCUGGAGUCAGCAUCAAGAGCAAGCACAAGCCCAGACACAUGCUCAGCCAUCAUGGAACAUGCGUCAAGAGCAACCCAAGUCUCAUCCACAGGCCCAGCCACCCUGGACACAUUCUCAUGAGCAGCCAAAUCUGCAGCAAAUGCAACCAACUUGGGGUCAACUUCAAGAACCAAUGCAGCAGCAGCCCCAGGCACCUUGGGCACAGCCAUCACAAACAGAACAUCAGCAUCAACCACCAUGGGUGCAACCCUUGCAAAAAUCCCAAGUGCAACCUCCUUGGGCUCAACAGGUCCAGCCAGAAUCCCAGCCACAGCCACCAUGGGUUCAGCAACCACAGCAUCAGGCUCCACAACAAGCAUGGCCACAGGCCCAGGCACCAGGUCAGCCUCAAACAUCUUGGGUCUCAGUUCAGCCUCAACAGCAACCCUCAAAUAAUGCAUGGCCUCCAUCACAAACUCAAGUUCAGCCACCUUGGAUCCAAGCAGCCCAAGCACAACCCCCAGCGCCGCCUCAAGCAAUUUUAAACCCAUGGCCACCAGUACCUGCCCAGGCUCAGUCCCAACCAUCGUGGGCCCAGCACCCUUCAGAACAUGGUCAGACACCAAUAAAUUCUUGGGCCCAAGAGCAAAACCAGGCCCAACAGCAACCACCUUGGGCUCAACCAGUUCCUCCCCAGCCCACACCACAGCCAAACUGGCAACAGUCUACUUCAAAGACUCCACCACAGCCACCAAUGAAUGCAUGGCCUCCACCUCAGGCACAACCUCAGACACCUGUGGAUGCCUGGGUACCACAGUCAAAACCAACCCCUGUGAAUGUUUCCACGUCAAUGGUGAACACUCGUCCCUCUCCAAAACCUUGGCAUUCGCCACAAAAUGCCCCACAAAACCGGACCCCUCCGACUCCACCACAGCGAAUGCACUCUUUUACCAUUGGUCAACGAGCUUCAUCACCUAUCAACCCAAUGGCCACGGUCUUAAACCCAUCAUCCCAAGGUUCAGCUUUUGAGAUGCCAGCUGUCAGAGGGAAAGGAGCUGAUAUGUUCGCCAAGAGGCAGUCUCGUAUGGAGAAAUUUGUUGUGGACUCUGAGACUGUGCAAGCAAACAAGGCAAGCCGGUCAACAUCACCAGUUGCUUCCUUACCAAAUGAGUGGAAAUAUACACCCAACGUACGUGCUCCUCCUUCACGGGCAUAUAAUCCUAUUCAGUCCCCUUCUUAUCCCCCAGCAGCAACAAAGCAGCCCCCUCCAAGUAGCCCUUUAACCAAAGCAAAGACAAAAGCCAAAGAGAAACAAAAACCUGCUCCUAAACCCCUCAGUGUUGUAGAUGUUAUGAAGCAUCAACCCUAUCAACUCAAUUCCUCACUUUUUACCUUUGGCCCAGCAACAGAGGCUGCCAACCCCCCUGAACCUAAGCCUGACAUUUCACCUCCUAACCCACCUGUUGAAAACCAAACAAUUACAUAUGAGCAAAUGGCCCCCAUUCAGCCAGUUGGACCCUAUAACGUCCCCAGCCCCCAAUACCCCCAGCAAGCCUAUGGAAUGCCCAUGCAGCCUAUCAUGCAUGAUGGCCACUACCAGCAAAACCCAGCUAAUAUUUAUCCUCACCCCAACCCAUAUCAACAACCCCCUGGUGGUCCAUACCAGCAGGCAUAUAACCAACAGUUUCAGCAACCUCUCCCACCUGCUUAUAAUCCCCAAGCUCCUCAGUCUCCAAACCCUACCUACCAACAGGCACCGCAGGCCCCUUACCCACCAGCUAAUAGCCCUCCCUACCUGGCAGCUCCCUCAGUACCUUACCAGCCACAGCCUCCCAGUAGCUAUGUUGUUCCUUGUUUUCCUGUAGCUGCAAGGCCUGAAUCUGUAUCUGGUGGCAACACUGUAGCUGCUCCUAAACCUAAGUUUACAGCUAAAAAGAGCUCAGCUCAGGUGUGGAAACCUACAGCAGUUGAUAAAGAGUGAUUCUGGUAGAAUCAUGACAUCUUUUGUGUCUGCUUGAGUCAAUGGGUUGGUCCUCUUGCCAUCCACUGCUAAGUGGACUAUUUUGAGCACACAAACUUUCUUUUGCAAUGAAUAUCUUCCCAUACACUUGUUCGUUUUCAAAGUAUUAAGAGCUAAUGUGAAGUUUAGUACUACAGAAUUAAGAACAUACGAAUAAGAUUGGGAUGGGAAGUUUAUCUUAGCAGAAAUUAAUGUUACAUGUUUAUGAAGCGUGUACAUGAAGAAAAUUAUGCCUAUGGGUACUUAAAAAAUCACUAUAAUGUGUAAUUGUAUGUAAAGUAAUCUAAAGUGUUGGCAAUAUAAGAAUGUAGGGGAGCAUGAUAGUAAGAAUUGAAAGAAAGGAAUGAGAGAAAACAGAAAUCAUGAGUGAAUGGUAGCAGACAGUGACAACAGGAAUUUGAUUUUUGAAAAGAAGGAAAUGCUUAAUGUGUCAAAUUUGAGUUGACAAACAAACUUAUUAACAGACAAAACAACUAAAAUACAAUAAAAUAAUAAGGUAAAGGAAUAUAGUAAAAAUAAAGUAGUGAGGUAGAAGGUUACCAACCAGAAGACUAAAUUUGCAAUGCGACAAUCUGUACAGAGAGUAUGUAACAACUCUGGAGUUUCAUGUAGGUUUCAAGGCUGGAGGACAUAGCAAUACUCCUUAUAAAAAGUAACAACUCGCCCUAACUUUCUUCAACAUCAAAUGUUGCAUUAGUAAACAAUCUAUUCUUCAGUGGUUCUCCCCAGUCUCUUUUCCACAGCAACUUCUUAAGUGGGUUAGUUUUAUUUUAAACUUUUUACCAGCUGUUGCAUCAUGUUAGGUACUAUAUUUAAACUGCUUCGUGAAAGGGAGGGCUGGGGUCCAGAGAUAGUAGGCUUACAUUUCAACUCAAGCCAGUGAAAGCAACUGUAUCUCAGACCCCAGUUGUAUUUUCCCUGAUAACAGAGAAAUAUAUAGUAUUACAUACAUCCAUACAUCUUCUCUUGUAUUUUGUAUUUUAUAAAUAGAUGAUAAAUGAUAUUCAAAAGAAGAAUUAUUGAAAGGAUAACCAGCCCAGUAAUUUUCACAAAUAUAUUUUGGAACAGGGCUGCUUUUGUUCUUAAUGUUUUUUUCUUAUUUCUUUUUCUUUGUGUGUUUCUCUUCAUAGUGCACUUCCUGUAUCAUUCACUGCAGUAUCAUUAAAAUGUCUUUCAUCCUUG